UGGCAAGGAGGCUAGCAGACUCGCCUUGCACCGAAAACAAGUACGAGCACGGCUGAAGGUCACGAAAAAAAACGAAAGGACUGGAAAGGAAAGGACUGGGAGGGGGAAGGGGGGGGGCGGUCCAAUAUAACGAGCAUGCGCAGUGUCUGCGGACCGCUUGGCACGCAGACCGCAAUAUGGCGAGAGCGCCUGAGAGCGGAGGCUGCACGGAGUUCUCGGGCUGGGAGAACGACACCCAGGGCGUGCGCAUCACCGGGGAGGAGAGCUGGGAGUCCGCGGAGGUCGCCGCUCCGAGCGUGGACAGCAGCGCCCGACUCUCACCCGAGCCCCAGGAGCGCACCCGGCUGAGCGACAACACCCGGCUGGCGACCCGCUACGCCGUGCGCAUUUUCCGGGAGUACCUGAGCGACAAGGCGCGCAGUCCGGACUUCGAGAGCCUGGACAAGGCGGAGCUGUGCGCUCUGCUGCGCUCCUUUUACGCGGAGGCGCGCUCUAAAAGCGGCCAGUUGUACAGUAAGUCGUCGCUGGUCAGCAUGCGGAGCUCGCUCAACCGCUACCUGAACGAGCCGCCCCACUGCCGCACGCUGGACCUCACCAAGGACCCGGAGCUGCGCGGGGCCAACCUCGCCUUGGCGGCGGUCAUCCGGCGGUUGGAGGAGCGGGGCGCCGGGCCGGUGGUGCAGAAACAGGCAAUCGCGCGCUCAGACCUGCGCCGCCUCUACCAGUCGUCCAUGUUCGACGCGUCCACCCCCCCGGGGCUGCUCAACAAGGUUUGGUUCGAGACCUGCAUGUACUUCAGCACCAGAGGCCGCGAGAAGCAACGCGAGCUUCGCGAGGACUCUUUCGCGCUGGCCGCCGACGAGCAAGGCCGGAAGUUCGUCUACUUCCGAGCGACGCGGGGCAGCCGGAAGACGGCCACCGACGAAGACGUCACGCUGCGGCUGCCCCGCAUGUACGAGACGCGCACCUCGCUGUGCCCGUACGCCAGCUUCGUGCGCUACCUGGCCAAGCGCAACCCGCUGUGCCGAGCUUUCUUCCAGCGGCCGCGUGACGCCUGCGGCCCGGCCGACGGCACAUGGUUCGAGAACAAGGCGGUCGGGAAGAAUCUUCUGGGCACGCGCAUGCAAAUGCUUUCGCGUGCCGCCAAGCUGUCCAGGACGUACACUAACCACUGCAUCGGCGCCGUCUCCAUAGCGACGCUCGACAGCAUCGUGGGCGGAGCCGACACAGACUGCAGGGGGCGGUGCGCGGCAACGGAACGCGGUCACGUGGGUGAUGAGAUCACAAGUCUAGCACCUCCCCGCCCCAAAAGAUUGGGCGCGAAGCCAGGAGCCAGAGAAAGACGUGCGCAUGCGCGGUCUCCUGUCCGCUCCACCGUCACUCAGGACAGCGACGGGCAGAUUUCGGCGUCCCCGCCGGGUUUGUCCGGCAUCCCCACGACAGCGCAACUCAGCAAAGCCAACGCACCGGUCCACGUGGACGUGGGAGGUCACACGUACACCAGCAGCUUGGAAACCCUCACAAAGUACCCCGAGUCGCGGAUCGGGCGAUUGUUUGACGGAAGCGAGCCGAUUGUGCUCGACAGUCCGCGGCAACGCUACUUCAUCGACCGAGACGGGGCCAUGUUCCGCUACAUCCUCAACUUCCUGCGCACCUCCAAGCUCCUCCUCCCGGAUGACUUCGACGAGUACCCUCUGCUGUAUGAGGAGGCCUCCUUCUUCCAGCUGGCUCCUCUGCAGGCAGAACUUCGGCGCUGGCGCAGGUUGAGGGAAAGUGAGAGCGCAGCGGCGGCGGCGUGGGAGUGCGUAGCGGUUCAGGUGACUCAAAACCCGCACGAGAGGAUCACGCUGAGUGGUCGGCGGACGACCCUGGGGGAGACCUUCCCUGAAGCGAGAGAGUUGGUGCGCAAAUCCGGAAGCGCCAGAUCGGAGAAGGACCCUGCGCAUGUCUGUCGCUUUCCUCUUGAUGACGACUGCACCCUCAACUCUGUACAGGUGCUGGAGCGUUUACAGCGGAGAGGAUUCCGGCUGACGGGCUCCUGCGGCAGCGCCGAUGCCUCCUCAUACCUCUGCCGAUACCUAUUAGGUCGGGCGGGCGGGGUGGGAGACUGCGAAGAGCUGUAAAAAGUCAAGUCGCACCAUCGAUCGGGAUAAACUGCUUCGGUUCAUAUUGUAGUCCAGCACAAAAUGUAUCUGUGAAGAAAACAUUUUUUUUUUUUUUUUGAGGUAUAACAUGACACAAAAUG